GAGGGCCCCAGCGGGCGUGUUAGGCUGCGCGGGGCGCGGUGAAACGGCGCUUUCCCGUCCCCUCCUCCUUUCUUUCCUCCAGAAGGUUCCGCGGCGACGUGAGGGAAAAGAUGCUGGGCCAGCGCCCCGUCCUGGUGCUCAGUCAGAACACAAAGCGGGAGUCUGGAAGAAAAGUCCAAUCCGGAAACAUUAAUGCUGCUAAGACCAUUGCCGAUAUAAUCCGAACAUGUUUAGGACCAAGGGCCAUGAUGAAGAUGCUGUUGGACCCCAUGGGCGGAAUUGUCAUGACCAACGAUGGCAACGCGAUCCUCAGGGAAAUCCAAGUCCAGCAUCCGGCGGCCAAGUCCAUGAUCGAAAUCAGCCGCACUCAGGACGAAGAAGUGGGAGAUGGGACCACGUCUGUCAUUAUCCUCGCCGGAGAGAUGUUGUCCGUGGCGGAGCAUUUCCUGGAGCAGCAGAUGCACCCCACGGUGAUCAUCAGCGCCUACAGAAAGGCCUUGGAUGACAUGAUCAGCGCCCUGAAAAAGAUCAGCACCCCCGUCGACGUCAAUAACCGCGAGGCCAUGCUCAAGAUCAUCCACAGCGCCAUCGGCACCAAGGCCAUCAGCCACUGGUCCAGCCUGGCCUGCAGCAUCGCCCUCGACGCGGUCAAGACGGUGGAGUUCGAGGAGAACGGCAGGAAGGAGAUCGACAUCAAGAAAUACGCCAAAGUGGAAAAGAUUCCCGGCGGGAUCAUUGAGGAUUCCAGCGUCCUGCGCGGCGUCAUGAUCAACAAGGACAUCACCCACCCCCGGAUGCGCCGCACCAUCAAGACCCCCCGCAUCGUCUUGCUGGACUGUUCGCUGGAGUACAAGAAGGGCGAGAGUCAGACUGACGUCGAGAUUACUCGCGAGGAGGACUUUGCCCGCAUCCUGCAGAUGGAGGAGGAGUUCAUCCAGCAGAUGUGUGAGCACUUGAUCCGAGUGAAGCCGGACCUCAUCAUCACCGAAAAGGGGAUCUCAGACCUGGCCCAGCACUUCCUGAUGAGAGCCAACAUCACCGCCAUCCGGCGCGUGAGGAAGACCGACAACAACCGGAUUGCAAGGGCUUGUGGAGCUCGCAUUGUCAGCCGUCCUGAUGAGCUGCGCGAAGAGGAUGUGGGGAACGGAGCGGGACUCUUCGAAGUGAAGAAGAUCGGGGACGAGUACUUCACCUUCAUCACCGACUGCAAGGAGCCCAAGGCUUGCACCAUCCUGCUCCGGGGGGCCAGCAAGGAGAUCCUGGCGGAAGUGGAGCGCAACCUCCAGGACGCCAUGCAGGUCUGCCGCAACGUCCUGAUCGACCCGCAGCUGGUGCCGGGGGGCGGGGCUUCCGAGAUGGCGGUGGCCCACUACCUGACGGAGAAGUCGAAGGUCAUGACCGGCGUGGAGCAGUGGCCGUACCGUGCCGUGGCCCAGGCCCUGGAGGUCAUCCCCAGGACGCUCAUCCAGAACUGCGGAGCCAGCACCAUCCGCACGCUGACCUCCUUGCGGGCCAAGCACACCCAGGAAGGCAGCCAGACCUGGGGCGUCAAUGGCGAGACGGGUGCCUUGGCCGACAUGAAGGAGCUGGGCAUCUGGGAGCCCCUGUCCGUCAAGCUGCAAACCUAUAAGACGGCCGUGGAGACGGCUGUCCUCCUCCUGCGCAUCGACGACAUCGUUUCGGGCCAUAAGAAGAAAGGGGACGAGCAGAACAAGCCGGCGGGAGCUCCGGACGCGGGUCAGGAAUAACAAGGUCUUGGGUUGUCGGACGUUGGAACCACCGGCUACCCCGGUUGAAGGCGCCUCCGGAGCCCACGUUGUUUGCAAGUUGGCAGGAGAGCGGGAGGAAACGGAGGAGGAGGAGGAGGAGGAGGAGGGACCCCCCUUCGGUUAGGAGACCCCGGGCGCGUUAACUUAAGAGCGUAUACUGUAGCUUCUUUGUGGCUUUGUUAAUAAAAAGGAAAUCACAUUCA